AUGUAUACAGUGUUUGAUAAAAAAAAAUUUUAAUAAAAGUUCAUAAAAAUAAGACGUGAUAGAAAAUGUAAUAGUCCCUAAUAAUUCAGAAAUACCAAAUUUCUGUAUGGAUGCUGACAUUAAUCAGAGGAUGCUGAACAAAUAUACACAGGAAGCGUCGAACUUUAUUUUAAAAACACAAAAUAAAUCUUUAAAUAUAGUAUUAUUUCAAUAAAUGUAGUAUCAUUUCAUAUAUAUAAUCACAUCUUCGAAUAUAGAAUGAUGGUAUCAUUUUAAAAAGAUCUUUACAAUUCAAAUAAAAGUUCAAAUAUAUAAUUAUAUUAAUGAUUAAUAGAAAUAAAUCUUAGAUCGAUGUUCGCAAGUUUCACUUGCAAUGUAGAAAAAAAAAAAAAAAGAAAAAAGAAAAAAAUAAAACACAAUAUACGAUGGAGAACACAACCUAAAUGAACGAUUAUAUUAAUUUUGAUCAUAGUUAAAAUUUGUCAAAAUUUACUGUGAAUUUAUUUCUAUAAAAUUAACAAGUAUGUUUGGACGACAAAUUUUCUUAAAGCCUGUAGACAAUCAACACGAUGAAAGACGUAAUGAUUAUAUUCGACAAUUAUCUCCAAGUCAAGGACAUGGAAUACCAUUUACUGAACUAAUAAGCGUACCAUAUUUAAGAAAUGAUGGAUUAAUGCUCGAUUUAAAUUUCAUUUUUAUCGACGAUGAUCAUGUUCAAUCAAAUAAUCUAAAUAAUCUAUAUUUUCAAACUAACCGUGGAAAUAUAUCUAAUCGAUAUUUAUUGGAAUAUAUAAGACAAAUGAAAGAAAGAUAUCUAUUUAUGGAAAGAGAAUUAACAAGAGCAAGAAUGUUAAUCCCAAUAAUAUCGCGUAAUACCAAUGCCGUGCAUCAAUCGGCACAAACAGACAUAAAUUGGAACGAAUGUUCCCUCACGAAAUAUGGACAUUUUCUUGGAACUUCCUCAAAAAAUCAAUACAAAAAGAAUCCAGAGCAAAUUAACGUUUCAUCGAGAAGAAAACAUUAUACUAUGAAAAGAAAUAAAGAAAAUUCAAUCAGAAAGACUCUGACUGAUUCAGAUUGGAUGAAACAUAGGAUUUCUUCACAAAAUUUACAGAAUGAUAUUUACCCUAUAAAAGAGCCUGAUAGCAAUACAUUUCAACCAAGAUCAUUAACUAGCAAUUCAACCACUGUUUGUUCAAUGCAUAAUAUAGCUGUGAUUCUUCCACAAGAUUCAAUUCAAUUAAAUGAUCUAUCAAAACACAAACAAGCUGAAUCUAAAAUAAACGUUGAUAUCCAUAAAACUGCCGAUAAAUUAGAUUCUGAUGAAUCUAAAAUUAUUUUUGGAAAUUCGAAAAAAUAUUUCAAUCCGUUUGAAACUCGAAAGACGUCGAUGGAAAUAUGCCAAAGCUUUGACAAGAAACACGAACCGGAAACGUCGAACUAUACUGACUUCGAUGUUAAACACGAAGAUUGUACACAGACUAAACCUGCUGUAAAUACACCAGAAUUUCGACCAAUAAUGGGCUCGAAAUUUAAUAAUGAUAUUUCCGAUCAAUCCACAUCUCACUGUCAACAACAGAAUAUCAAUUCUGAGGAAAAGUGUAUGUUGAAAAAAAUUGAAUUUUUCCUAAUAUACGAAUUACGUGUAAUAUCGAAAAAAUAAUUUUGGUACUUUUUUUUUCUUCUUUUUGGUAUUCGUGAAAUGUUUCUAGGUAAUCGUAAUUAUUGGAACAAUUACGCGAAAAAGUUACCAUAUGGUAGAGCACGUGCCAACGAUUCAUCGAGACAAUUUACGCGAAUUGUUCAAAAACAAAAGAAAGAAAUGCAUAAGAGAAUACCGACCCCGCGUAGCAAUGUUCAUACCGCUUAUACGCCUAUGACACAACCUUCUACCUGGAAUUCCAUGUUAGAUCCCAAUGGCUUUACCAUUCAAUUAUUAAGACUCGCAGUGUUACUUUACGCUCCAGCAUUGAUGCCGGCGUUAAAUUCAUUGAUCGCGCGACAAAGCAUUCAAACAACAAUCCCCCAUUUCGAAGGUUCGAACGAUUUGUUGACGCAAAUUUUCACAAUUUUGAACAAUCAACAAUGCGUGCCAAAUUUAUCGUACGCGCCAAAUCCUAGAAUGGACGAAAACUCUCGACAAUUUCGAGAAUCGAGUACCCACAAUUCAUCGGCUCAAUCAAAUUCCGAGAAUCUUACGAAACAAUUUCAAAACGAUACUAAUAGAGUAAAAACUUUCGAUAAUAAUCAAUUCGAGAAAAAUUCGAUCGCUGUUAACACCUCUUUAGAGAUAUGUAGUUGUAACAACGUAAAACAAUCGUCCUCGCAGUCGUAUAAUAAAAAUAUUUUACACGAAGAAGAAAAUGAAAAAUUGGUUUAUACGUGGACCAGCAAAAAAUCAUCGAAAUCGUCGGAAACGGUAAUGUCAGAGAAGCCGAUAUUGAAAAAUGAACAGAAUAAGGAGAAAGUAACGGAGAAACAGCAAGAGAAUCCUGAAUUUUUCGAUAAUUGGUUAAUUCAAAAAGAUCCUAACGUAUGGGACGAUCCAAAAUCCAAAUCUUCCAAUAUUUGGCAACAAUACGUCAAUCAAUGAUAAUUAAUUCCUACGAGAAACAUCGAACUAAACAUCUUCUUGAUCUGAUCUAAAUUACAAAAACUGGAAAAUGUAUAAUCACGGCUAAUACGUAGUACGGCUUAAGGACGCUUGCGCGUGGUUCAAACACGUGGCAAAGGAAGGAACUUUUCUACGAACGUUUGUUCAGAAUUGCAGUCUUACGAGCUUUCGCUGCCGAAGCGCAUCCUAUAUAACACAAUAUAAAUCUCUAAAUUCAUAUAUUCUAUUUUGUAAAAUAAAAUUUUCUUAUUUUUGUUUGUGUAAUAAUAAUUUACAAAAAUUUAUUGGAUAUUGAUUGAAAAAUAAAAAUUAAUUGCAAAAUCUAUCUAUCUACGUGUAAUUGAAAUUAAAUUAAUGGAAAAUAUCAACGAAAACGACCGGUUUUGAUUUCACGAGUGAACUUUCUAUUUUAAACUACUGUGAAAUGUAAAAAUUCUUAUCUUUCUUCAAGAAUGACCAUGAUAAUAAGGAUAAAUAAAAAAAAAUAAGAUCUUAAUAUAUAAGGAUAAAUAAUAGAACGAGGAGAAUGAUAUUGGAAAGGAAAUUGGGUGAACGAGCAAUUGGAUU